AUGAAGUUUCGGAAGUCCGACAAGGCUCCAAAGCAGCCUGAACGCUUUCCACUCGAGGCAGCGGAAGCCUUUGAGCCCGAGGACGAUAUUAUCCGUCAGUCGCACCGUACCGGCUCUCCCCCCGGCACUCUCCUUUGUGUGUUCCCGGACGCUGCACCUGGGACAAGUCUUAACCAGUUCCGUUUCCAGCUCCACCGAGAAAACGGGGUUCAGCCCGGUCUUGUUGGUUACCUCGAGAAGUAUGUCAGCGCUACACACUUGGUCUGGAGCAUGUGUGCUAUUCUUGCAGAUAGCAGUAUUGAUCCUGAUUGGAAAGAUACAUUUGAGAUGUGGCGGCCACAGUGGCAACCGUUCGCUAAGAGCUUUGAAAUCCACGGAAAUACUACGCGCACUUUAGAUGUCCCUCCCUCUCCAGUCAGUGUAAUGUGGAUUCAGGCACCUCACAACCUUGAUAUGUAUAAGCUCUACACUGUUAGCCACAAGGAGAAGAAGCGUGAUAAAGAGGCUCUGGAGGACCUUUGGAGGUGGAUGCUUAAUGUGCCACCCGAAGCGAUUGUUCAAGGGGCUUUUAUCAUUAAGCUUGGGGUCGAGCCUUGGUUCCCUGGCGAGUAG